UCCCACUCUCUCCCCAGCGACGCCGAGUGUACAACAGCUGUUAUUGACCGAACCUACCUACCUUACCUGGCCUUUCGAUACCUAGGUAGAUCAGAAAAGGAGGUCGCGUGGGGUACGAAUCUGCUCCCCUCCUGGUAGAUGCACUUUCACUUGUACUUGUACCCCGUACCCAGAAGUCCGCCCCUACCAGUCGAGUACAGUAUUCGCGACUUCUCAACCGAAUUUCACGAUUCCUCAACAGGAUGUCGACCUCGGAGGAAGCUUCACAUCUUUUCGCCAAUGACAAAAUAGCCACGGAGCACAAAAGGUUGAACAUCCAGCACCGCUUCGUUAAUACAUUUGGGCCACCUGAGCAGAUCCAUCCGUCGAUACCUAAAGACCAAAUCAUCCUUGUCGCAGAUAUUGCAACAGGAACAGGAGUUUGGCUACAAGAUCUCGCCACCGUCCUAUCCAAAAUUCCCCUACGUAGUGACGGAUCCAGACAGUACGUCGGCUUCGAUAUCUCCCGUGAUCUGUUCCCUUCGAGCUACGACUCGAGCUUCAGCUAUGUGCAACACAAUGCUUUAUGUCCCUUUCCAGAUGAACAUCUCGGGAAAUACGAUCUUGUGCAUGCAAGGUUUCUGAUUGCGGCAUUGAAGGAAGAUGAGAUUCGAAUUGCAUUGGAGAAUGUCUUGGAGCUUCUAGCUCCGGGUGGUUACAUUCAAUGGGACGAGUGGGAUUUUCCGGAUAUACAACUACCAUCGGCCUCCCCAGCCGUCAAGCAAACCCUGGCCGACUUCCUCGACUUUUCCACGUCAAUUGGCUUCUCUCCUGAUAUCGCCAGUGUUCUCCAUUCUGAGCUCUCGCAGGACUCCACGAUUGAUCAGUAUAUUUUGUCGAAGACGACGUGGUAUAGUUUGAAGGACGAGGGAACGAAGAAGAAUUCCAGGGAUGUGGCGAGGGAGUGGUGGAUUGGUGCCGUGAGGAGUCUUUGGCCAGUCAUGCUGGCAAUGACGCAGAGUGGGCAGGUUAGGCCGCGGAAUGAAGUUGAGGGGAUGGUGGGGGAGAAUGUGGCUAUGAUGGAAAGAUGGUUUGCCGAAGGGGGGGUACCAGUUAUCCCGCUAGUCGUUGUUUGUGGGAAGAGGAUGGAGUUCUGAGGAGAGCUGUCUGAUCAGCGACCUGCAGCAGAAUACUGUAGGUACAGCAUAUAGACGAUCACUGGUCACCAACCGUAAAGAACCUGACAAAUCUUGUGGUUGUGACGGAACUCCAUCGCGGACUGCCAAUACCAUCGAUUAAAGUCCAACCAAAUGCAAGACACAAUAUUGCAAUCCAAUUCACAUAAUUAACAUGACAACGGCCGCCUGGAUGUAAUUCACAUGAUUGACCGAUGUCAUUUUGAGCACACUACUUGAGAUGCGUAUUCUACAAGUCGUCGUUUCUUUCUCCACUUACGUUUAUUUUUGUAACCAUCUUCCCUUCCUCGAAAUAGGCUACGAUCAACUAUAAAAUUCGAGAUGACGUAUCCUAUACAAGUUUCCACCCCCGCCCCCCUCUCCCUCCCUCGUCAAAGUCGCUACUACCAUCAAGCCUCGUCUUGUGCAUUCUUCUUCAAUUCGUGCAGUCGCCAAGUCGAACAAGACAUAUCUUAAAACCCCCGCACAGGAUACAAGACGAAGCAAGAAUAAAGUUGGAAGAAAAUUUAAGAGCAAAGGAAGAGUAGUAGCAAGGUAGCAUGAAUAGUCAUGAGAAACAGCAUCCCUCGUCCAAGACUAAUCAGCAUCAGAAGCUUCGACACCAGGAACCAUAAUUUGGAUGUCGCCGACCAUUACUCGAGCCUGCAUCGCGGCACGAUUGAUGCCUUCACUCAUUAUUAGCGUAUCAGUUACGACACGCUGGGUGGCAUUGCCUAGUCCGAUGACUGCAACUCUGGCGUUUUGAGCAGAAAGUAUGCUUGCCGCAAGACUGCGAAUCACAGGCUCAACAACGGCACGAAAACCUGGAUAAUUGAUGUCUUGAGUCGUGGCGAUAAUUUCAUCCAAGGAGCUCUGAACACCUGCAAGAGCGGCCUCGAGUCGAGCGUCCUCGGUAUGGAGGGCGGCGGUAGCGUCUUCAAGGUAGUGUGUGCGGAGGAACUCUGUACCGUUAAUAGGUGGAGGAGGUGGUUGUUCAUUGUUGACACUUAAAUCGCGACAAGUGGCAGGGGAAGGAUUACGAGUAUGACGAUACAAGCUUGUCAACUUGCUCACC